CCGGCAUGCAUCGCGAGGCUCUGCGCAUGACAACUAGACGACAGACCACUACUACUACUGUUGCUGCUUCUUCAGACUGCAGAGAGAGUUUUGGGAGGCGGUUGCCAUGGAGCCGGCAUGGCGACAGCAGGGCAGAGGGCGUGGCCGGAGUCAGGUGGGCCAGCAGGGCGAACGGGCGCGCCCCCCCCAGCAGCAGCAGAAGGAGAGAGAGAGACCGGGGGGGGCCGGACGCGGCGCCACCGGGACCAAGUCUGAGCCGCCACUGGCUGUUUCGGUCCAAACAAAGUUCGAGGAGAUCAGGAAGUCCAACCAGGCAGCCGCUCAGCGAUUGGCUGAGACUCGUAUCAGCUCCUCCUCCUCCUCCGAUGAUGAUGAUGAUGAUGAUGAUGAUGAAGAUGUAGACGUAAAGGUCGACCAGAAGGAUGGAAAGAGAGGGAAGAUCCUGGCGUCGACUUUCACCACCUAUACCGACCAGACAGGUGGAGACGCCUCAGGUCUGGCCAGGACUGGUCAGUACGUCACCGAUCUGUUUCAGUCUGGAGCUCUCACCUGUCUGAUCUGCAUCGCCUCCGUCAAGAGGACCCAGGCGGUGUGGAGCUGCUCCAGCUGUUUCUCUCUCUUCCACCUCCCCUGCAUCCAGAAGUGGGCCAAGGACUCGGCCUUCCUCGUCUCCUCCAUCACCGAUGAAGACUUCGGUCAGAAGCAGCAUCCCUGGCCCUGCCCAAAGUGUCGAGCAGAGUACCCACCCAGCUCCACGCCCAACAGGUACAUGUGUUUCUGUGGGAAGCUGCAGGAUCCUCCAGCUGACCCCUGGUUGGCUCCUCACUCUUGCGGCUCCGUCUGUCAGAAGGAGCUCAAACCCAGCUGUGGACACACCUGCCUGCUGCUCUGUCACCCCGGUCCCUGUCCUCCGUGUCCAAAGAUGGUUUCUGUUUCCUGUCUGUGUGGGAAAGCUAAGCCCCUCCCCCGUCGCUGUAGCAACAAGGCCUGGUCCUGUCAGCAGCAGUGCAACAAGUUGUUACCCUGCAAGCAGCACACCUGUACACAGCCCUGUCACACAGCCAAUCAGCUGUUAGGAGUCUCCCUGACAGCCAAUGAGAAGCUGUGGCUGGACCGUAAAGUGAUGAUGUCAGAGGUUAACCUGUUCAGGGGACCAGGCCUGACUCAGCCAAACGCUGAGCACCCCGCCACCUGCUGA